UUUUCCUCGAGCUCUGCAUAAGCAGAAACAGAAGCCAAAAACACAAAUAAUGCUGGCGUGUUUCACGGACAACCUUAGCUUAUGCAGAGCCACUGCUGCAAUUGGGUACUUGUUCCUGUUACUCUUUUCUUUCUUCAUCACAAUUUCCGCUGCUUGUUUUAAUGGAAACUGCCAGGCUACAGAUUGUGGUUCAGGUCUUUAUUGUGGGAACUGCCCAGCUUUGGGCAAGAGUCAACCUUUUUGUACCAGAGGUCAAGCUAUCAUACCCACUUCUGUUAUUGGUGGAUUGCCUUUCAACAAAUAUUCAUGGUUGAUGACCCACAAUUCCUUCAGCAUAGUGGAUGCACCAUCUCUACAAGGCGUUCAAAGACUGACAUUUUACAAUCAAGAAGACAUUGUUACUAAUCAAUUGAUGAAUGGAGUGAGGGGACUGAUGUUGGACAUGUACGAUUUUAACGACGAUAUUUGGCUUUGUCAUUCAUUUCAGGGACAAUGCUUCAACUUCACUGCCUUUCAACCCGCAAUUAACACCUUGAGGGAAGUGGAGCCAUUCGUGACUCAGAAUCCAUCAGAGAUUGUAACCAUUAUAAUCGAGGACUAUGUGCAUACACCAAAAGGACUGAGUAACCUUUUCACGAGUGCCGGUCUUGACAAGUAUUGGUUUCCUGUGUCGAAGAUUCCAAAAAAGGGUGAAGAUUGGCCUACUGUGAAUGAAAUGGUGCAAGUAAAUCACAGGCUUCUGGUUUUCACCUCAGUUGCUUCGAAGGAAGCGGAGGAAGGAAUUGCGUACCAGUGGAAGUACAUAUUAGAAAAUGAAGCUGGAGAUCCAGGGGUAAAGCCAGGCUCAUGCCCAAAUAGAAAAGAAUCAUGCCCAAAUGGUUAA